AUCGACGUCAAUCGCGGGAGCUCGCAGCGCGGCCGAGCGCCGAGUAAGACAGCCUGGCCGAAACCGCAAACCGAGCCGAGCCAGAUGUGACGGUUUACCAUGAAUGGAAGCACCCUCACCGAGCCGUCGUCGCUGGAUGCCGGUAAGUCACUGGCCCUGGGGUGAGACUGGGGUGGUCCAAAGUCGACUACGACCCCGUGAGGCACCUCAACCUCCUCUUCUCGACCCCGGCAUCGGUCGGCUCGCUAGACCCGGUCUGCCGCACGCUGCAGGCGCACAAGGAUGGGCUCUCGGACUCGAUAGCGGAGCUGGAGACGGCGCAGGCCUACGGGCCGUCGGCGUCGCUGGAGCGGAUGCAAAGCGCGCAGGCGGAGCUGGCCGGGCUGUUCCAGCGCAUCGAGAGCGUGCGCACGCGGGCGCUGCAGACGGAGCGCGACAUCACCACCAUGACGGCCGACAUCAAGCGCCUCGACGGCACCAAGCGCAAUCUGACGCUAUCCAUGACGGCGCUCAAGCGGCUGCAGAUGCUGACGACGGCCUACGAGCAGCUGCGGGGGCUGGCCCGCACCCGCCAGUACCGCGAGUGCGCCGGCCUGCUGCAGGCGGUGCUGCAGCUCAUGCGCCACUUCAACAGCUACCGGUCCAUCGAGCAGAUCGCGGCCCUGAGCCGCAACGUGUCGGACCUGCAACGCGAGCUGCUCGAGCAGGUGUGCGAGGACUUCGAGCUGGCCUUUGCCAAGGACGACAUCGCCGCGCGCCGGCCCGUGCUGGUCGAGGCCUGCCUGGUCAUGGACGCGCUCGGGGACAACGCGCGCGCGCGGCUCGUGACGUGGUACGUCAACACGGAGCUGCGCGAGUACCGCCACGUGUUCCGCGGCAACGACGAGGCCGGCUCGCUCGACAACAUCGGCCGCCGGUACGCCUGGUUCCGCCGCGCGCUCAAGACGCACGAGGACGAGCACGCCGCCAUCUUCCCGCCGCACUGGCGCGUCAACGAGGUGCUGGCGGCCGCCUUUUGCGACGGUACCCGGGACGACCUCAGGGGCGUGCUGGAGCGCGCCAUGCGCAGGCCCGACGCCGCCGGCCGCGUCGACGUCAACCUGCUGCUCAGCUGCCUGCAGGAGACGCUCGACUUUGAGCAGUCGCUCGAGCGCCGCUUCGCCGCCGCCGAGGGCGCCGCCGCCGCGGCCGGCCGGCCCCGCGCCAGCAUCGACACGCUGAGCUCGGCCGACGAGCGCGGCGCGGGCGCCCAGGCCUUCAACGGCUCCAUCUCGGUCGCCUUCGAGCCCUACCUUAGCCUCUGGGUCGAGUCGCAGGACCGGCAGCUGGCCGCCAUGAUCCCCCGGUACAAGACGCAGCCGCUGCUGGCCGAGGACGACGAGUUCAGCCCCCAGGCCGUCAUCCCGUCCGCCAUCGAGCUGUUCCACUUUUACAAGACGACGCUGUCGCAGUGCGCCAAGCUGUCGACGGGCGACCGCCUGCUGGACCUCACGCGGACCUUUGCCAAGUAUCUAGACGAGUACGCGCAGCAGGUCCUGCUGGGGAUCCUGCAGCGGAGCGAUGGGACGGGCGCGGGCGCGCCGGCGCAGGACGUGGUGCUGGUGCUCAACACGGCCGACUUUUGGCACACAAACACGAACCAGCUCGAGGAGAACAUCCGGAAGCGCGUGGACCCGGACCUGGCGGCCAGGGUGGACCUGACGUCGCAGUCGGACGCGUUCCUGGGCGUGGCGAGCGCGGCGGUGCUCGCGCUCGUGCACCGGGUCGAGGUGGCGUGCGAGGGCGCGUGGCGCGAGAUGAAGAACACAAACUGGAGCCGCAUGGAGGGCGUCGGCGACCAGAGCUCGUACGUGGCCGAGCUGCUGCGGUGCGUCAACGGCGGCGCCGAGGAGAUGCUGCCGCUCGUGGCCAAGCAACAGUACGCGCGCGCCUUUUGCGACAACCUCGUCGAGCAGAUGGCGGGCGCGUACGUGUCCAACAUUGUGUUGUGCCGGCCCGUUUCGGAGGUGGGGGCUGAGCAGAUGCUCCUCGACAAGUACGUCCUCACCAAGUCGUUUGAGAACCUCAUGUCGUACCACACGCACUCCAACAGCAACGGCCCGUCGGGCCACACGCCCUCGGCCAGCUUCGUCAAGCGCGUCAACCAGAGCAUGGCGCGCGUGGACCCGCUGCUCAAGACGCUGCAGGUGCGCGCGUCGCCGCCCGAGGGCCUCGUGCAGGCGUACCUGAUCCACAUCGGCGACCGGUCCGACGUCAACUUCCGCAAGAUCCUCGACCUCAAGGGCCUGCGCUCAAAGGCGGACCAGUUGCACCUCAUGGAGCUCUUUGCCAUCCACCGAGAAGGGCCCGCGGCCGGCCGCCAGCUCGUGCCGCAGUCGCCCCUGCUGACGCCGCUCAUGGCCUCGUCGUCCAUGGGCGGCGGCGGCAUCGGUGGCGGUGGCGUCAGCGGCGUGGGCUCGUCCAUGGUGGGCGUCGCUGGCGUCGCCGUGCCGGCUGGCGUCGGGGCCGGGCUCGACGCCGCCAGCAGCCUCGGCGAGAAGCUGCUCAGCGCCGCCCGCGACGGCGCCCAGGCCGGCGUCACGGGCCUGGGCGUCACCAUCCCUAACGCCGCCGCCGGCGUCGGCGUCGUCAGCGCCGCCGACAAGGCCACCAUCAACGAGAACCUGAAGAACAUUGGCAAGUUCUUCCGCAGGGACAUUGGCGGGCUCGGCGCCCGGUUCGGGAAGCGGGACGUCUCGGGCGGGCCCGGGCCUGGUGGGGACUGAUUGGAUGAGAAUAGGGGGGNGGG